AUGCCCAGACCGGCCCAGUUGUUAGUCCUGAAGCGCAGCGACGACGCCGUCAAUUGCGUGGCCUGGCAUCCGAGCCAAAAAACAAUUGCGGUGGGCGCCGACGACGGGCGCGUCACGCUCUACGACGCGACGAAGGGCCGGGAGCUCCGAGGGAGCAUCCAACGGACGGCUGCUGUCUCCACCGUAGCGUUCGCGCACGACGGCUCAUUAGCUGUGGGCGGCGCCGACGGCCAAGUGGCCAUAUAUGACAAGCGCGGCAAGCUCGUGCGGGAGAUCGCGGCGGGCGAGGGCGUCCGUAGUUGUGCCUUUGCGCCCAAAUCACGGGAGGUCUGUGUCGGGGGGGAAGGUGGUGUCCAUUUGACUUAUUUUGGUGAGGACGGCAAGAGGAAAUUGCCCUUCCCUGGGCGCUCGUUGUGGGUCUGGAGCCUCUGCUUCUCGCCCGACGGGUGUUCCUUGGCCGUGGGCGGCGACGACGACAGCUCGAUCGCUAUUAUUCAAACGAAAACGAAUGAGAUAACGCGAGAAAUAAGACGCGAAGGCCCCGACGACAUCAUCAAUGCGACGUCCGCGGGCCCCUUUAAGAAGGAGCGGGACUUUAGGAUAGACUGUCACCCGGCUGUGCGGUGCCUGGCCUAUGCGCCGGACGGCUUUUCGCUGGCCGCGGGCGGUUUGGAUUCGAGAGUGGUCAUAUACUACCUGCCCUCCGCGACGGUGCGGACGACCAUCAAGCGCCAGGGGGCGGUCUGGGCCGUGGCGUACUCGACGGACGGCAAUUGUUUGGCCAUCGGCGGCGCGGACCAAAGGAUAGCCUUCCACGACGUCGCGACGGGCGCGCCGCAGCGGGUCGUGCCCGCGCUCGACGAGGUCCGGUGUCUGGCGUUCUCGCCGACGUAUCUUGCUUCCGGCGACGCGUCGGGCAUGCUCGUGCUCCAUCCCGUGGACACCGAGUAUACAGGUCCGAAAGACGACGCUCAACUAUCGAGGUGGGAGGCCGCCGCGCCGUCGGACGACGACGAUGAGACGGCGUCGGACGCGUCCGACGAUGACGGCGUGGCGCUGCCGCCCAUAUCUUCCCCCAAACCAAAAACGGGCCUCGCGAUCAUCGCGGACAAGUGGUAA